ACUGCCUGCUGUCGCUGCUCCUAAGCUGCUGCUAACUAAAACUUCGUCUGUUCACGCCCCGGGGCGCUUCGUUCCUCUCUUGGCCUUUCUUUUAUUGCGCUUGCUUAUAGCCGCCCGCGCGCCGUCCUCGCUGUCAUUGGAGAUCAUGUGCUGUGGCUUUUCUUGAUAAUGUCUAGAAUAGCAGUCGCGUCUCUUGUUGCCCCUCAAGAAGUCUUAUCCGUCUCAGUAAGAGCACCAAUGCAGCAAGAAUGGUAUGAAGAGAAUGGACGUUGGUACCAUGCAUGGCAAAAGGGACUAUACAUGUACCCGCAUGACGAGGAGGAACGCCAUCGCAUGGAUGUAUACCACAAUCUCUUCUAUGACAAAGCUGGAUUGAGCCUGCAUUCCGCGAGGUUGAUACCCGAGGUCACUCGUCGUCCCCGGAUCAUGGAUCUUGGAUGUGGUACUGGCUUCUGGGCAAUCGACAUGGGCGAACAAUACCCUGAGGGGGAGGUCCUCGGAUUAGAUCUCGCCAACCUCCAACCUGCCCAAAUCCCACCAAAUGUCCGCUUCCAAAUACCUUUUAAUUUCGAAACACCUUACUGGAGUUUGGGACAAGAUUCGUGGGACUUGAUUCAUAUGCAAAUGCUCUGUGGUAGUGUCUCGAGCUGGCCAAAUCUAUACGCAAAAGUCAUCUCACAUCUCCGACCCGGAUUUGGCUGCAUUGAGCAACUCGAGAUAGAUUUCGAACCUCGUUGUGACGAUGGCACACUUCCACCGGACUCGUUCCUAAGACAAUGGUAUGAUUAUCUGGUACGAGCUACAGAUCAGACGCCCAAAACCAUACGCUACUCGCACAGCACCCGACAAGCCCUCUCACAAGCUGGAUUCACCGACAUCUCAGAACGUGUGAUCAAAGCACCUUACCGAGCGUGGUCAACAGAUCCUACCGCAUUCAAUGUCGGCAAUUUCCAUCAGACUGCAUUGGACCUUUGUGCUGGUCUGGAAGCAUUGAGUCUGGGCCCAUUCUCCCGCGUAUUCGGGUGGAGCAAGCAAGAGAUCGAGGGCUUCCUCGCCGGAGUCCGAGCAGAGAUCCGUAAUCGUUCCAUCCACGCGUACACCAACAUCCAUGUGUGGACUGCGAGACGACCACUGGCCAGGUGAUGACCCUUGGCCCACGAGCAUUAGUGAAACCCUGACACUGUCGCUCUUUCUUGCAAACGAACUGUUAUGACGAUUCGCAUGCAUCCACUCACAUCACUAAAAGCCUUGCUUGUGUUUUAAAGCGCUCCAGCAUAUUGUUUACUCGGACGGCAUUACGAUCCAUUCAUUGCGAUUCACGGCAACAACCAUUUCUUCGGUCUUCUUUUCUUUCUUUUCGUACUAGCCUCAGAUCAAGUGGUGAUCUGAAGCGAUCAUCUCUCGAUGUUUGGGAAGGAUUUACUGGGCGUUCUUCGCCAAGCUGUUUUUUGCUCAA